UGAUACGACCCUUAUUUACAUUCAGCAGCAUUCGUUAAUAUUAUAUCACACUAGCGAUCCAUAAUAGUACCAACUCUCCUUUUAUGGCGGCAAAAGCCCUCAUCGCACGACAAAGUGGUCUCUUCAACGAUCCUCUUUCAUCGUUUCCUACGUCCUGUUCCAUCAUCCCAUCCUUCCCUUUGUAUAGCAGCUUGCUACAAUGAGCAAUUCCCCCCAGAACCAUCUGGCCCAACACAUUCCCCGUAAAAUGUCUUCCCCACUCUCCUCACCCAGUUCCUCUGUGGGCCGUGGGAUGCCCAUUGCGCCAUCCGCUCACGAGGGGCCGUCUGGAAGCCCAGCCACCAGCUCCACUCUUCCUCUCACAGAUGACGAAAGUGAGCUUACCGAAGAAGAGGAACCCGAAAUUACUCUCGUAAAGGACAACGAUCCUGAUGACGAAGCAGAAGAAGAUAAUGAUACCGAUGAUCUAGCAGAUAACAGAAUGAAUCGCUCGGAAUCUCAAGCAACCACAACAUCCUUGACACCACCUCCAUCCGAUCCUGUAGCUGCUUCUCCGGUCAAUACUUCACAAAUAAUCAGCUCAGACAUUCCAGCAUCAAACACCCAUAUACUCAACGGCAGUAUGAUUCCCGAGAACUAUUCGCACAAGCGCGACGUCGGCCAAAUUAUAUCAUUCAGUCAUACAAACAAAGGGAGCAAUGGUGAUGGAGACAUGACGAUGCGACCUGCAGAAGAUGAUGGCGAAGACAGCGACCAGGGAACCGUCAAUGGUAUGAUGAAUGGCGCAGGAGAGGAUAUCUUGCAAAGACCCAUUAAACGCCUUGGAGAGCCGACAGACAUUGCCGAUACAGGGAAGGUGGCAGUACCAGCAUUCGCAGACGCUGAAGCCCAUAUGGAGGAGUAUGGCUGGAUCGAACCACCAGCACCCGAAGCAAUCCCACCUAUUUUGCUCAAACAAAAUUCUCACGCUCCCCCUCUUCCUCCAUCAGCUCUGCGUCAGCUUCUGCUCGUAGAGGUCAAGCUUGCUGAAUUGAGGAAUUGCCUUUAUCUAGAGAGGAUGGAAGAGGCUGCAGCGGAGGAAGAGAUGAUAUUGGAAGGAACGUAUCCCGCCUUGAAAUGCUUAUACAAAACCCUGGACGAGCGGCGUGAGCGCUUGCACGAAGGCGCCUCUAGAAGGUUCGAAGCUCAAUUGGCCGAGUUUAGGCGGAUGAGAGACGCUGAGAGGCACCUCAUAUGGUCGACUUGGACAGAAGAGCGAGAUAAACUCCACUGGGACGAAUUUCAGACAACAUGGAGCAAGCGUAGGAAAUUGGCCCGCGAGAAAGGCUUAAUUGAGACAACCAGGCUCACAAAACCUGUCCCGAGUCUUGAUCACCCUCACAGUAUCCAUCGGUUUGACUGGUAUCAAGAUGCUGUUCCAGCGCCUUUGGGGGCGGACAUAGCACAAAUGGAGGCUUUGGCCAUGAGCCGAAGGCCGCCCCCAAUGUUGCCUUUAGCCCGACGUGCUUCAACUGCUGCUUUGCCAUCAUCUUAUACCGCAACAGGAACAGUACAACAUUCUAGUACUGUAUCUGACGGUCCGAACAUAUACACUGCAUUUGGGCGCACGUCCAGACCGACUAACUCUAGUUUAGAAUUCACAGCUGGUACUGCUGCUAUGUAAAUGGCAUGGCGAGGAUUGCAGAAAAAAUGUCGCCGCCUUUGAAACUUGUACACGACAAGCAAGCAGUCAGUUGUGUAGAUGUGGGUCCUAAGAUCAUUGCAAAUUCAGCAGCCGUACGGUAAAUGUGGACAAUGAUAACAUAUAUCAUGAUUGCAUGUACCUCAUCAUUGCAUGUAUGGCUACUCAAUAAGGCGAGAUUGAUGUCGCCUUAAAUGUUCUUCUUCACUUCGUCUUUGGCAUCCCUCGCGGCGCCUGCAGCCUUCCCGAGUGUGCGGUUAGCGCCCUGACGGGCAGACUCAGCCGUCUCAGCUGCCUUGGACCCAAGGUUGUCAGCAGCGGAUUUGGCUUCGCCUUCAGACGGAGUCUUUGUGUCUGUCAAAUAAUGCCUAGUCAGUAUCGAAUGAUGCACGUCGGAUUUAAGACUGACCGAUGGUGUUCUUUGCACUCUGGGUGGCCUUUUCGGUGGAGUCAAUACCGCUCGCGAGUGUCUGGCCAACCUUCUUGUUGAGCUACCAAGCCUCAUGUCUCAGCGGCAAUGUCCAAGUAUGAUGAUAGGACUUACGUUCUCUGCGGUCUCCUUCACACUAUCAGUAAGGGACUUCUGACUAAGAGCAGAGGUGCUGAGCGGUCGGCUAGCUCUUGAAAAUGGAACGCGUGGAACGCGCGUGGCCAUAAAUCGGACGACGGACAUGAUAGGAAGUUGUGAAAGGUGGUUUAGUUAUGCGAGAGAUGGCUUGUAAGUAGUCUUGGUAACUCCACUUGAGAGCGCUUGUUGGGUCGUGAAGUGCUGGGAACGUAAAUCAUCAUCAUCCCAAUAAGAUGAAGGUAUAUAUAGUGGAGACGCAGUCAUGACAGAUGUGACAUAAUAGUCUAAAGUCUGGUGUCUGAUGACGAUACGAAGUAAAAGGUCAAAUGAUAAAAUAAUACAAACUACUGCUGA